GAGAGAGGGAGGGAGGGAGGGAGGGAGACAGCUCCCGCUUCAAGCCUCCUCCUCCGAAUUCAGCAACCGCCGCACCCCCCGCCAUACCCUGCCGAGCCAUCCAUCUCAAAAGCAGCAGCGGGCAUGCAGAUGCAGUGCAGCUAGCAGAAGCGCCUAAAGCCACCGCCGCCACAUGCUGCGUGUUGCCUCUGCCUAGCACAAGCGCAGGCCGGUACGCGCGCACCAUUUAUCUUCCCCUUCCCCUGCCAUUGCCGAGCUCGGGUACGCUGCGAGGUCGCUGCGUCGACAAGGGUGGCCGGGAGGAAUGUCUGAACCAGCCACGCAAUGCAGGGGAAAUGGCGGCGGCGGCGAGGGCGGUGCCGGCGGCAUGAGGACGGUGGAGUGCCUCAGAGGGAGGCUGCUCGCCGAGAGGGUGGCGUCCAAGGCGGCCAAGGAGGAAGCCGACCAGCUCGCCGCCAGGUUGGAUGAGCUUGAGAAGAAGCUCUCCGACGAGGUCAAGAUCAGGGACAGGGCGGAGCGGAGGCUGAGGAGGGCCAUCAAGAGGCUCGAGUCCGUCAAGAUUCUGGAUGUGGGGAGCUCCAUCGGCUCGCUCUCCUCCAACUCCAACGCCUGCUCCGGCCAACAGGCGGCGCCGGAGAUGGACGGUCCGGCGAGCUCGUUGAGCACCGUCGAUCCCGUACGGUCCGGCCCUCGCGAGGACAAGGGAUGGGACGGCGAGAGCGUGAAGGGCUCCUCGGCCGGUUCCUGCACUCAGGCCAACUCCUCCCAGGACGGGAGCUGGUUCUCCGUUGUGUCCGAGCAGUCCGGCUCUGGAGUCUGCAAGGAGGAGGAGAGUCGCACGGAGGACUCUGACGACGCCGCGAACGAGAAGUGCGGUUCCGGUGACGGCGCUGGUGACGUUGAUCGUGAUUCAGAGAGCAGGAGAGAAGAGCAGCCUGGAGCGUCCAGCGGCUCGUCAAAAUCCGAAGCGAGCUACCGCGACGAGGAGGACGACAGGCUCGCGCUGGUGCUGGCAGACAACCCGCACUACAGCGCAGAGCCGGCCGAGACCAAGGAGAAGGAGGAGGAGAAAGAAGAGAAUGACGGGCUCGCCAUGGUCCUGGCGGACCCCCAGCCGAGAGCGACGAGCGUCGGCGGCAACGACGUGCAGUCGGUCCUGCUGGCGCUGCGGCAGGUCAAGGAGCAGCUGCGCUACACCAUUCAGAGGAGGUCCGAGGGGCUUGUCGCGCACCGAGAGCUAUGCGGUCACUGACCGAGCCUGUUCUGUUCUGGUCUCAAAAGCAUCUUUUGUUGUUGUUGCGAUGGUCUCAUAAUUAUAAGCAUCCCGAGAAGCGGAAGCUCAAGUGUGUUGCACUUGCACUUGCAGUGCUGUAUUUAUCUACAGCGUUAUGAGUAUAUAUAUGCUGGAAUAAGCUUUACUGGUGUGAGACGUUGUAGUGGUUGUAUAUAUAUUUAUAUGAAAAGUGAAUCCCCUGUGUUGUUUAUUA